UGUGAGCUGCGCAUGUCAAAGUUCAUCUUUCAUGAAAUCAAUAAUAAUCAACUACAUCAACGAUGGCCGUACGCGACUACUUCCGGAAUUUUUAUCUGAUGAGCUGGAAGAACUACAAGCUGCAGGUGGGCAAUCCGCUCCAGCUGAUGUUCAUCCUUCUGUGCCCACCUGCGAUCGUUUGUAUCGCGGUACUGCUAAGGUUUCUUAUCCCGACAAUAAUUCGCACGGACACGAUCUACGAUCCCAUUGAUCUGCAUAGAUGUUGGCUCGAGAUGUUGGAAAAGUUGGAGAGGGCGCGUAAGGUGGCCGAUAGCCACAAGAUUACGCGGAAUCCGUUCACGCCUGAUCUGGUCAUUGGCUGGGCCCCGAAUGAUUACAAUGUCUUCCAGAUGGUAAUGGAAAAGGCACAGGUGAACUUCGAGCCAAUGAAAUUGGUCAGUUUCCAGAAUUGUGCUCAGUUGCGCCAGAGGAUGUUAAAGGACUCCAUGUUCGCGGGCAUCUGCAUGGAUGGUAAUAAUUUUGAGAAGUAUUACGAUUUAAGAGACGAGAACCCGGGGAACAAUAUGUUCAUACCUCCACAAUUUGAUUACUCUAUCAUCAUGCCCAGCGAGCUGAGGCAGAUUGAUGGCGACUUUCGUCGGGCCAACUGGUACACCCUGUACCCAAGAGAUCCGCAGGCCAUUACCCUUGACCGCCUCCAGCAGUCGUACGAGGGCGGAUUUGUGGGUUAUGUUCGCGAGGGAUUUAUCCUUAUGCAGAAGCACAUCUCCGAGUCUUUCCUGAAAACCAUCGUCCAUCCGAUUAUCCCAGAUAUAGUGCUACGCCGGUUUCCGAUCUUGGGUUCGAGAGAGGAUCCACUAAUGGACGAGAUGGAAGACUGUCUGUCACUACUCAUCCUGGUCGGCUUUCUGUUUCCCUCCCUGAUCUUCGUUUGGGAAAUAGUGAAAGAGAAGCAGACGAACAUGCGCUUCUUCUUGGUCAAUAUGAGCAUUGGCAAUUUGGUUCAAUUUUUAUCUUGGUACACCACGGUCCUGGUAUGCUUCAUAAUAAGCAGCUUAUUCAUUAUAGUCCUUUUGAAGGUGCCCUGGAACCUACAGGACCCAGUGCUGAAGCAAACGCCCUGGUACAUCAUCUUAUUGGCGCUAGUCUCAUAUAGCACCGUAGCGGUUUCCUACGUGGUCAUGUUGGCAUCGUUCUUCACCGACCCUCACACUGCCGUUCGAGUGGCCACAAUCGUAUGGAUUGCCUUCAAUAUGCCUAAUUUUGUGCUAUGGAACAGCAUGACGGAGACGGCUUGGGCAUUCCGAUACGUAACCUACUUGAUCCCCAAUGUAGUGUUAUUCGCGGUUUUCCAGUGCAUAAUCGAUCGCGAGCCGAUCAUUCAUGCUAGCUUUGAGUCUAAUACGCACAAUUACAAUCAUCGCAAAUGUGACCUACCAGUGUACACUGGCAUUUGGAUAUUUACGGUUACCUCUUUGAUUUACUGCGGCAUCGGCCUUUACAUGGACAUAUGGCGCAUGGGCGAGCGCUCGGCGAAGAGAAUAAACAAGGAGGAGGCCAGGGCAAAUAAUAUCCCCGAAGACCAGUAUCAGGAUUAUACAGAAAAUGCCAACAAUCAGGUGCGGGGCAUUGACGUUAAUUCCACAAAAAUCUACGAGGUUGAGCCGUCGAAUCGGCUCUUCAAGCUGAAGAUCAAGAAGCUGUGCAAACGCUUCGGGCCCAAGUAUCGACCGGCCUUGAAUUUCUUCACAUGGAAUGUUUAUGAGAACGAGGUCACCGUUCUGAUGGGCCACAAUGGCUGUGGGAAAAGCACCCUUCUUAAAAUACUGGCCGGUCUGAUAGAGCCCAGCCGCGGCAGUGUCACGGUCGCCAACUACGAUAUGCUGACAGAGAGGAAGGCGGCUUGCAUGGAGCUGGGCCUCGCUCUCGAUACCAAAAUGCUGAUCACUGGACUGACCGUCCUCGAUCACUUGCGUUUCAUUUGCCGGGUGAAGGGCAUGAACAGUAAGCCGGAUAUAGACGGACAUGUGAGCUACUUCAUGAAUGCCCUGCAAAUCGAUCAUCUGAAGAACCAGCGACUAAAGAAUCUUAUGCCCAGGCACUUGGUUCUGGUCAGCAUUUGCUGUGCCUUUGUGGGCAACAGCAGCAUUAUCCUAAUAGACGACAUAUAUUCGGAUCUGGACAACCCCACGAAGGAGCUGAUCUGGGCCCUGAUCAACGAAGAGAAGUCCUACCGCACUAUUAUCGUUGUGGUCAAUACGACGACGCUCGCCGAGAAUAUUGCCGAUCGAAUGGCAAUUAUGUCGAACGGAGAACUGAAGUGUACCGGCACUAAACCUUUUCUGAAAAAUAUGUACGGACAUGGCUUUCGAUUGAUUUGUAUGAAGGGCAAGAACUGUAACAUUGAGGAGCUGAUUGCCCUGAUGAACAGGCAUUUGCCUAACUUGACCAUCGAGUCGAACUUUGGCUUUAAGGUCAACUUCAUUUUGGAGAACAAGGAUGAGGAUCAAUUUCCGGGACUGAUCGACGACCUGGAGCAGAACAUGGAGCGCCUGGAUUUGGUCAGUUUUCGUAUCCGGGACACCUCCACGGAGGAGAUCUUUUUACGCUUCGGAUGCGAUGAAGAGGACCAGAUGGGCGGAACCCUAGGCUGGCAGGAUAAUCCGAAUGUGCUCAUUGAUAAAUAUUUUGCGACCUCGGCCGAAGCCAAUCCUAAUAAGCGGGAAAGUAGAUGCGGGCUAUGGUGUCUGCACCUCAGAGCCGUAUUUUACAAACGACUAAUUAUUGACUUAAAACAUUGGAUUAUCAUACUCGUGGAGAUUCUUACCUUUUUAAUGGCUGCGCUUUGUGCCUUCUCUGGCGCUCUCAUCUAUGGCAAGCACUUUGAUCUGGUUCCGUUGACCUACAAUCUCACCCAGCUGUAUCACAUCAAAGCCUUCACUGAAAUCGUCAACGAUGAUAAUAUCAUGAAGGAAGUCCUCGCAAACUACAAGGACUCCCUGGACUGGUAUGACUCCCGGGUGACAAAUCUGGGCAGAAGUCAUGAUGGUGCAUACGCCCUGACGCACAGUUCCGAAUUCUCCCGCACCGUCAACAUGGCCUUCGACUUCGGGGCAACGUUCGACGACUCCCUGAUAACCGCCUGGUUCAAUGUCAUUCCCUUGCACAUGGCUCCCAUUAGCCUCAACCUUGUCCACAAUGCGCUAGCCAGACACUACCUGGACUCAGAGGCUAGAAUUGAUGUGACCCUGGAGACGCUUCCAUUCCAGUCGAAUAUCAACGUAUUUCCGCCUGGAACCCAAUCCUUUGCCAUCAUAAUGGCCUCCACAAUAUGUUUUGCGUUCUGCUUCAUAACUCCAGCGUAUGCCCUAACCGGCAUCCGAGAGCAAUCCGCUUACCAGAAACAACAGUUCCUAGCCGGAGCCCGGCGGUUCAGGUUUUGGGCAUUUACAAUCGGCUACGAUAUAUUUAUGCACCUUAUGUACAUUUUAGUUCUGAUGUUCAUGGUGGCCUGUUACGCUCAUCCAGAACACGACAUGGUCUUUUACAUGUUGCUGCUGCUGGGUAUUAUGAUGGCUGCAUUAUUGAAGAUUCUGCUUACGCACUUGAUAGCGAGCCAUUGUCGAAGUCCCAUCUAUGGAUUUAUAUUUGUGUCCCUUCUCAGCUGCGUGGGAUUUCUCAUGUUCGUAGGGAACAUUAGAAAUUGCAACCACGAGCUACCGAAUUCUCUGUGGAUACUCCACCAGUACGUGAGCGUGGUACUCAUUCUGAAGAUCUUUAGAGACUACGAAAGCAAGUUAUAUUGCUCUGAUCCAGUGGUGAGGUUCACCUCUACAAAGAUCUAUAACGGCAAUACAGUUCCCGAUUGCAACAAGUAUACUAACGAUGCACACGGCGUAGUCGGUAUCUUCCUUAUUUUGACGGCGUGGAUCGUUCUAAUCGGCUUUCUGCUAUUCAUCUCGGAGUUUCACAAGACAGAGGGCUUUUCCAAGUACCUGUCAUCUAAGGACAAAAUUCAGCCCACUUACGAUCGGGGACCUACUUCUGGCAGCAGUCAGGCUCAUGCUAAAAUAUCUGAUGAUCCAUCCGCUCUCAUCGAACGCCAGAAGGGCUCUAAUUUGUCACCAGAGGAACGCAGCCAGCAAGCUCUUGUGGCCGUGGGCCUGGUCAGCCAGUAUGGCAAGGUGAAGGUGCUCAAGGGUUUUAACCUUACGUUGGCCAAAGGCGAAUGCCUCAACAUUGCCGGAUUAAACGGUUCGGGCAGGACAACGCUGCUGAAGCUCAUGGUGCGCGAGGCGAAGCUGAAGAGCGGCCAGAUAUGGAUCCAAGGCCACUCGAUACGCCGCGAACGGAGCAAGACCUACCGCAUGGUGGGAUACUGUCCACAGUGCGAAAAUCUGCCCCCCGAGUUAACGCCGCGGCAGCUGCUUUACAUCCAGGCCCUUUUCCACGGCCAUGCAAAGGCUGCCGCCGAUGAGGUCACAGAAGCACUGAUCCGGAUGCUGGGAUUAUACCAGUGCAGCAACCGAUCGACGCGCCUUUGCACCGCCGGCGAGGAGCGUCGCCUGUACUAUGCCUUCGCCAUUCUCACUAGCCCGCAGCUCGUCUGCGUGGACGGUGUUCCCGCGGGUCUGGACCCCAUUGGGAAGCGUGUCAUCCUCACGGUGACCACUAUCAUGCAGUCGAUGGGCUGCGCCUUCCUCUACACCAGCCUGCCUGUCCUGGACGCGGAGCGACUGUGUGUGCGUCCGACGGUCCUGUUCGAUGGCGAACUGUGGACGAUCCGUUCCAUCGAGAAUGAAAACAAAACCUACAAGACCGGCUACCGCCUGGAGGUGCGGUUUAAGCGCAAGGUCAAUCCCAAUCUCAGCAUGUCGCGGUCCACCUGGAACCGGAUUAACCACUUCCCCCUGUCGCCCCAUAGGAAGUUUAGCGCCUUCAUGGAGAUCAAGUUCCCGACCGCCGUGCUCAGGAGUGAGGAUGAUACCACAAUGGUGUUUUAUUUUGAUGUGGCGUCGACCACAUUCUCCACGAUCCUAUUGACAAUUCGGAGAGAUGCAUUUGAAAUGAACAUUGAGGAUUACUACAUCACCCGCAAUAUGACCAUAACACACUUUGCAAAUAGAUAAAUCAAAACCUAUAAACAGGACACAUUAAGAGUCUGUGACAAAAUUGAGUUGUGUAUGAGUACAAAUCGUUUUGAAAUUUGGCACAUGUUCAA